AAUAUCCUGGUAUGUUACCAGUAAUAAGAAAGCCCUUGUUCACGUAAUAUCUUAAGAAUGUUGUUUUGUCAGAAAGAAGGAGGUUUUCCUUAAAAAAAGAAAAGAAACCUUGAAUAUGAUUAAUAAAUAAUAUAGCAUCUGUCCAAAAACUCGAAGUAGCCCGAGUUCCUCCAUUAAGACAUUUUAUUUGGUAACGUUAAUUUUUAAAGAGCCAAUUUUAACAUUUUAAUGAUAUUUUGGGUUUUCUUGUAUCUAUUUUAUUACCACUAGGUGGAGCCCUGUGCAUACAAUUCAAGAAGGCAUUUCUGAAAGAUGAUUUACUUGUUUAAAAGCCAUAAACCUGAUACAUCAGAUGAUCAAAUAAUGUCUGUUUAUGAUGACCAACCAAAUGCACACAAGAAGUUUAUGGAAAAGUUAGAUGCUUGUAUCCGUAAUCAUGACAAGGAAAUUGAAAAGAUGUGUAAUUUUCAUCAUCAGGGUUUUGUAGAUGCUAUUACAGAACUCCUUAAAGUAAGGACUGAUGCAGAAAAACUGAAGGUACAAGUUACUGAUACCAACCGAAAAUUUCAAGAUGCUGGAAAGGAGGUGAUAGUCCAGACUGAAGAUAUUAUUCGAUGUAGAAUUCAGCAGAGGAAUAUUACAACAGUAGUAGAAAAAUUGCAGUUAUGUCUUCCAGUGCUGGAAAUGUACAGUAAGCUAAAAGAACAGAUGAGUGCAAAACGGUAUUAUUCUGCUCUAAAAACUAUGGAACAAUUAGAAAAUGUGUAUUUUCCCCGGGUUAGUCAAUACCGGUUUUGUCAGCUAAUGAUAGAAAAUCUUCCUAAACUCCGUGAGGAUAUUAAAGAAAUUUCCAUGUCUGAUCUCAAAGACUUUUUGGAAAGCAUUCGAAAACAUUCUGACAAAAUAGGUGAAACAGCAAUGAAACAGGCACAACAGCAGAAAACCUUCAGUGUUGCUUUGCAGAAGCAAAAUCGUGUACAAUUUGGGAAGAAUAUGCACUUCAAUGAUAGAAUUCCAGAAGAAAGGAAUGAAGUUGAAUUGAAACGUGCAUUUGAGGAAGAGGAUGAGAAUGAAGAAGAGGUCUUAACUGUUCAGGAUCUGGUUGAUUUUUCUCCUGUUUACCGAUGUUUACACAUUUAUUCUGUUUUGGGUGAUGAGGAAACAUUUGAAAAUUAUUACCGAAAACAAAGGAAGAAACAAGCAAGACUGGUAUUGCAGCCCCAGUCAAAUAUGCAUGAAACAGUUGAUGGCUAUAGAAGAUAUUUCACUCAAAUUGUAGGGUUCUUUGUGGUGGAAGAUCACAUUUUACAUGUGACCCAAGGAUUAGUAACCAGGGCAUACACUGAUGAACUUUGGAACAUGGCCCUCUCAAAGAUAAUUGCUGUCCUUAGAGCUCAUUCAUCUUAUUGUACUGAUCCUGAUCUUGUUCUGGAGCUGAAGAAUCUCAUUGUAUUAUUUGCAGAUACUUUGCAGGGUUAUGGUUUUCCAGUGAACCGACUUUUUGACCUUUUAUUUGAGAUAAGAGAUCAAUACAAUGAAACACUGCUUAAGAAAUGGGCUGGAGUUUUCAGGGACAUUUUUGAAGAAGAUAAUUAUAGCCCCAUCCCUAUUGUUAAUGAAGAAGAAUAUAAAGUAGUCAUCAGUAAAUUUCCCUUUCAAGAUCCAGACCUUGAAAAGCAAUCUUUCCCAAAGAAAUUUCCCAUGUCUCAGUCAGUGCCUCAUAUUUACAUUCAAGUUAAAGAAUUUAUUUAUGCUAGCCUUAAAUUUUCAGAGUCACUACACCGGAGCUCAACAGAAAUAGAUGAUAUGCUUAGAAAAUCUACAAAUCUGCUGCUGACCAGAACUUUGAGUAGCUGUUUACUGAACCUUAUUAGAAAACCUCAUAUAGGUUUGACAGAGCUGGUGCAGAUCAUCAUCAACACAACACACCUGGAACAAGCUUGCAGGUACCUGGAGGACUUUAUAACUAACAUCACAAACAUUUCUCAAGAGACUGUUCAUACCACAAGACUUUAUGGACUUUCUACUUUUAAGGAUGCCCGACAUGCAGCAGAAGGAGAAAUAUAUACCAAACUUAAUCAAAAAAUUGAUGAAUUUGUUCAGCUUGCUGAUUAUGACUGGACAAUGUCUGAGCCAGAUGGAAGAGCUAGUGGUUAUUUAAUGGAUCUUAUUAAUUUUUUAAGAAGCAUCUUUCAAGUGUUUACUCAUUUACCUGGGAAAGUUGCCCAGACUGCUUGUAUGUCAGCCUGCCAGCAUCUGUCAACAUCCUUAAUGCAGAUGCUAUUGGACAGUGAGUUAAAACAGAUAAGCAUGGGAGCCGUUCAGCAGUUUAACUUAGAUGUCAUACAGUGUGAAUUGUUUGCCAGCUCUGAGCCCGUGCCAGGAUUCCAGGGGGAUACCCUGCAGCUAGCAUUCAUUGACCUCAGACAACUCCUUGACCUGUUUAUGGUUUGGGAUUGGUCUACUUAUCUAGCUGAUUAUGGACAGCCUGCUUCUAAGUACCUUCGGGUGAAUCCAAACACAGCUCUUACUCUUUUGGAGAAGAUGAAGGAUACUAGCAAAAAGAACAACAUAUUUGCUCAGUUCAGGAAGAAUGAUCGAGACAAACAGAAGUUGAUAGAGACAGUCGUGAAACAGCUAAGAAGUUUGGUGAAUGGUAUGUCCCAGCACACCUAGACUUCGAUUGCACUCAGUGACACCAAAUCUGUGAUUCAACAUUGAUCUCUAACAGGCACAGGUCAUGAUACAGUAAUUUGGUUGCAGAAUUAAAAAAUGGAGUAGAAAAAAGACACUAAUGAGAGAUUAAACAAGAAACAAUAAAAAUAUCAUUUCUACGGAUUUUUAAAUAAUUGGAUACUAUUUUAUAUGUGGAAAAGGUGACAUUAAUUUUUUUCACUUUUAGGGAAAAAAGGUAAAACAUAUAAAUCAGGUCAAAAAUUGUAUAUGAAAUUGAUUGUAAAUACAUUAGAAAAACCUUAUAUGCCUCUACAUAUAAGUAUUUUUUUCUAUUCAGACUUGAAUGAUUUUUCUGGGUUCUUUUCAUCAGUAUCCAGUUUUGGAAUGCAAUCAUGUCUGAUACGGGAGUAUUUCACUGUCAUUUUGUGACUGUUAACUUUUAUUUUCAUCUCAAUAUGAUUUAAGUAGACUAAAUUUUCCAGUUCUGCAGAUUCGGCAGGGGGGUGGUAUACAAAUCUUUAAAGGUCCCUGAAAUCAAACUUGAUUUCUGUAAGAAUAUGAAUUAUUUGUUCUCCUUGGAUGGUUUAAUUUAAUGGUUCUGAAUAUGAAGAAAAGGUGUUUGGAUUUUCUUGAGAUGCAGUGUUGCUGUUGAGCAGGGUUAAUAUUUCUAACUAUAUUGUUUGUAGCUGACCCCAUUCUAGGAUUUAUUUGGUUUGGUUUGGUUCAAGUUAAAAGAGGGCAGGAACGAAGUGGGGUAAGCUCCUUGAGGUGCUGCUUGUGCUAGGGUAGAUAUGUUCCUACACACAGAAGUUGCCACAGGGCUCAGGUUCCUUUCUUCAGUAGCAGAUCUCAGUCAGUACCUGUCCGCGGUAUGGAAACAAGCCAAACCAAAUGAACUCUGGAAAAUCUAAAAUGAACGUACAUUUUCUUCUGUGUAAAUUACCACCAUGGUCCUAAUGAUAAUAUCAGUCUGAUCGCAACUUUCUUCUCAAUGUAUUUAUGCUGAAUAUUUCUUUUCCAUUUUCAGGAUUUAUGCCUGUAAGAAACUUAUACUUAACUCUGUAAAAUAAGUGUAAAGAAUUAUAUGUACAUUUCUUGAUUUUGUGAUGAAAUAUUAAAAAUGUUGAGCAAGUUGAAAAUGCA